AUGGCACUAGACAGUGGAGAUGCAGUCUGUGUGGAAUGGCUGAAGAAUGAGGAGCCCAUCAACUCUGAACAAGAUGAGAACAUUGACACCAGAGCUGACCACAACCUGAUCAUCAGGCAGGCGCGGCUCUCGGACUCGGGGAAUUACACCUGCAUGGCAGCCAACAUCGUGGCCAAGAGGAGGAGCCUGUCCGCCACCGUGGUGGUCUACGUGAAUGGAGGCUGGUCUUCCUGGACAGAGUGGUCAGCCUGCAAUGUUCGCUGUGGUAGAGGAUGGCAGAAACGUUCCCGGACCUGCACCAACCCAGCUCCUCUCAAUGGUGGGGCCUUUUGUGAGGGAAUGUCAGUGCAGAAAAUAACCUGCACUUCUCUUUGUCCCGUGGAUGGGAGCUGGGAAGUGUGGAGUGAAUGGUCCGUCUGCAGUCCCGAGUGUGAGCAUCUGCGCGUCCGCGAGUGCACCGCACCACCCCCGAGGAACGGGGGCAAGUUCUGCGAAGGCCUGAGCCAGGAAUCCGAAAACUGCACAGAUGGGCUAUGCAUUCUAGAUAAAAAACCUCUUCAUGAAAUAAAACCCCAAAGAUGGAAUAGGAGAGGCAUUGAGAAUGCCAGCGACAUUGCCCUGUACUCGGGCCUGGGUGCUGCAGUCGUGGCCGUUGCUGUCCUGGUCAUUGGCGUCACUCUUUAUAGACGGAGCCAGAGUGACUAUGGAGUGGAUGUCAUUGACUCUUCUGCAUUGACAGGUGGCUUCCAGACCUUCAACUUCAAAACAGUGCGUCAAGGUAAUUCCCUGCUCCUGAAUCCUGCCAUGCAACCAGAUCUGACAGUGAGCCGAACAUACAGUGGACCCAUCUGUCUGCAGGACCCUCUGGACAAGGACCUCAUGACAGAGUCCUCACUCUUUAACCCUUUGUCUGACAUCAAAGUCAAAGUCCAGAGCUCAUUCAUGGUUUCCCUGGGAGUGUCUGAGAGAGCCGAGUACCACGGCAAGAAUCAUUCCGGCACUUUUCCCCACGGCAACAACCGCAGCUUUAGUACACUGCAUUCCAGAAAUAAAACGCCCUACAUCCAAAAUCUGUCAUCACUCCCCACAAGGACAGAACUGAGGACAACUGGUGUCUUUGGCCAUUUAGGGGGGCGCUUAGUCAUGCCAAAUACAGGGGUAAGUUUACUCAUACCGCAUGGCGCCAUCGCAGAGGAGAAUUCUUGGGAGAUUUAUAUGUCCAUCAACCAGGGUGAACCCAGGUGAGAGACAGAGAAAAAUGGCAUAGAAGUGAUGUCAGUGGAGGAUGAAUCCACAUCCUGUUACUGCCUUUUGGACCCCUUUGCUUGCCAUGUGCUCCUAGACAGCUUCGGGACAUAUGCCCUCACGGGAGAACCAAUCACAGAGUGUGCCGUGAAGCAACUCAAGGUGGCAGUUUUUGGCUGCAUGUCCUGUAACUCCCUGGAUUACAACUUAAGAGUUUACUGUGUGGACAAUACCCCUUGUGCAUUUCAGGAAGUGGUCUCGGAUGAAAGGCAUCAGGGCGGACAGCUGCUGGAAGAACCCAAGUUGCUGCACUUCAAAGGGAACACCUUUAGUCUCCAGAUCUCUGUCCUCGAUAUCCCCCCUUUCCUCUGGAGAAUUAAACCAUUCACUGCAUGCCAGGAGGUCCCGUUCUCCCGCGUGUGGUGCAGUAACAGGCAGCCCAUGCGCUGUGCCUUCUCCCUGGAGCGCUACACACCCACCACCACCCAGCUGUCCUGCAAAAUCUGCAUCCGGCAGCUCAAAGGCCAUGAACAGAUCCUCCAGGUGCAGACGUCGAUCCUAGAG